AUGCAUGAUGCUGCUAAGUUUCAGCCUGGCCAACAGCUUCACUCCCUCAUCGAGCAGCAGCCAGCGGCAGCUCUUGCUGGUCUCCUCAUCCCCUGGGAUAGGAGCAGCAGCACAUGCGAGCAGUGCCAGGAGCCUCCUGCAGCAAGACUGUUCAGUCUGGGCAUCGAUCGCCGUGAACCCGAUGCUGAUAGACUCGUCGGGUUCGAGCUCGCUAGUAUCACGGAUCCAGGGGCGAUCUUUGUGAGCCAUGGGAGCACAUCUCGCAGCCGAUGGAUUGCAUCAUGGACGCAAUCAGAGCAAACGUUGACCAUCGUAUACCUGGACCAGUCAGAAAUCCCUCCCAACACUAGGGUGUUGAUGGUUGUGGCGAGGAGCUAUGGAUUUCUGAACACCAACUACCGAACGACCAGCAACUUCUCGCUCGCCAUCUUCCGGGCCGAUCAAGAGCUCUGCAGAGUGUCUGACGACCUUGUCCGGGUCCGAGACGUGCGCCUGGACUUCGGAGCGAACGAGACAGUGAUAGCAGCGGGGAGAGUCGAGCUCUUCCUGCAGUUUCAGAUCAAUCGCAAGCUGGACUACGGGGAUGCAGUCAGCCUCUUCCUCCCUCGUUUCUCGAGGGUAGGCGGGAGCGUGCAGGGCAUCGCCGUUUCAUCGUGCGAGGUCGCAAGCUCCUCCUCGUGCUCAAGUCCCGGCAAGCAGCUCUUGUCCCAAAUCAUGUCGAAGAUCCAGCACGCCAACUGGAUCGAGGACGAAAACAAGUUGACCUUCCUGGUGAACGAGAAGCACGAGCCUGACGAGUCGAUCUGCAUCUCCUUGUCCUCGACCAGUGAGAUCAGGUAUCCUUCCUCGGGGGUCCAGGCAGGAAACUCAGGCAUCAGGAUGCGCCUCGUCUUUGCUGAUGGGAAACAGUACGAUGUUCCUAUCCAGACCGAGCUCGAGGUGCCUCGCUCCGUCUUGUCCUUCGACCGAGAGUUCCAGGCAGGAGCCACAAGCCUCUACCAGCUGGCCCGUCAAGUCAGCCUCGAGCUGACCUUGAGCUUUGCUCUCCAGCAGGGGGACGGGGUGAACCUGACGCUCCCCUUCUCCCCUACGAGUUGCGACGGAGCUGGAGGGGUCGAGCUGACGUUCUCGUUGGAUGGGGAGGAGAAGUCCAGCUACGCCACAGCUGAGCUGAGCUACCGCAAUAUCUCCCAGCUCAGCGUCGACUGCGGGUUCGUCACCUGCAGAGACAACAUCACGGCAAGUCCAGCAGGACGAGACACGACGAGCGCGAAGUGCCAAGGGGAGAGCACGCUCAUGGUGCAGAUGACGCAGAGCGUUGGCGCCAACGUGCCUGUGCGAUUCGAUUUCCUGGUUCCCCUGCUGCUCCCCUGGGCGGCGAUCCCCAGCUCCUCCCCCUGCAUCUCGAUCCAAGUGAGGUCAGCCGCCGUCCCAACCUCCAUCCCAGCUCCCUUUGACCAGGGAGGACGCGCGAGGGUUGAGCUCGUCUAUGCGGCUGGACUGUUCCCUGGCUCUUCCCUCUCCUUCUCGCCCCUCCUGCCUGGCGCCGCCUCGUCGCUGCGGAUGGAGCUGUAUCCAGGCAUGAGGCUGCAGCAGGGAAGCUUCGUGGAGGUGAAGGUGACAGAGCUUGUGACGUCCUCCUGCAACGUCUCCGACGGCUGGCACGAGGUUAGUGACGUCCUCCUCGCUCGCUGGAACUGCUCAAGCUCCGCUCUCUGCCUGAGCCCGAGGAGGGACGUCAGCGCCUGCGACCUCCUUGCCCUCUCCUUGCCCUCAGACCUCAACCUCCUCCUCCCCUCGACCGGGAUCCAUCCAAACUCCAUCGGCUUCACCUUGGAAGUGGAGCAUCAGGUCAGCGGGCAGUUCUUCACCCACGUGGAGGGGGUCGGCAAGUUGCUGUCGCGGGUCUCGUUCGAGGAGCGCAGGUUCCCAGGCCAGCCCUCCCGCGUCUUCUUCAACUUCACUUACACCGAGUCGCUCCCCCCCAACAGCUCCGUCAUCCUCCGCCUCGAUGCCUUCGGCUUCCGCUCGCAGGAGGGAGCGAACUGCCAGGCGCUCUCAGCGGAGGAGGCGACGAGCAGCUGUUACUUCCCCUCUAGCAUGCUCCUGACAGACGUCAACGUCACCUGUUGCUUCCUCCCCCUCGACAACGGCUGGGAUCUCUUCCUCGGAGAUCUCUCAGCUCAAGGCUUCCUCCUUCUCCUGUUCCGCCCUACUGCCACCAUCCCCGCACUUGAGCCCGUGCUUCUCUCCUCCCCUACCCUCGUCUCCCUGCUCAUUCCCCAGGACGGUGUCAGCAGCUCCCUCCAUACCCCGCUCGUCGAGGUCGUCGCUCCGACUUCUCCAACUUCCGCCUCCUCUUCCUGGCAGCCCGUGACGCUGGUGGACUCCGUCGGCUACUGCAGCGUGAGGAUGGACAUCUCCAACGCGGUCGCCGGCACGCGGAGCGACUUCCAGCUGUUUGUCAGCUGUGUCAUGAGCUUCGAGCAGGGAGAGACUAUAGAGUUCGCGCUCGACAAGCUCAUCCUCCCCGACCAGCUCGCCUCCAACAACUGCUCCUCCUCCUCUCGCUACUUCCCCACCUGGCAGGGAGACGGCUCGACGCUCCUCCUCCACUUCGGCGAGCAGGUGGGAGCCGGGGAGGAGCUGGUGGUCUGCGUCAAGAACGUCCUCCUGCCGGCUGACGGGAUACCCGCCAAGGAUCCUAACAUGACCUUCGCAACCUCCGCUCGCAAUGGCAAGAUCCUCCCGACAGGUGGGUGGUCUGCUGGGCUCGGCUCGUUCGAGCUGAGCCUGCUGGGAUUUGACGUCCCUCUCGCGGGCACUUGGAGGUCGAACCUGCUGCUGGCCCUAACGCUCAGCGACGUCAUCCUGCCGGGAGAGACGAUCAAGCUCUUCCUGCCUGGCUUCGGCCUGCUGAAUGCCUCCUCGAUCACCUCCUCUUCAGCUGCUGGCGCGGACGCCUAUUCCUAUCUCCAGGAGAAGUUCGGCGUCAGCGACAUCUCGCAAGCUGGGGAGGUGCUGGACGGUCUUUUUGCUCGGAGAAUCUCUCUGGGACGAGUUGGAAGGCAGCAAGUGUUCAACGUCAGCCUCUCCUCCUACAGUCCGAACGCUUCCAGUGGCGUCUGGCUGAACCUGCGCGCUCUCGUCCAAGUCAGCAAGAAGUCUCUCGUCCUCCUCCUCGUCAACUGCUCAGACGUCCUCCAGCUGCCCCCUACCGGCAUUCAGCAAGGACGUAAGAGACCCCCUGCCUCAACUGCUGCUGCUGCUGCUGCUGCUGCUGCUGCUGCUGCUGCUGCUGCUGCUGCUGCUGCUGUUGCCCUUGUGCGCCUGUCGCUCUUUGUGGACCUGUUGCACCUGGCGGACGCUUGUCCUCCUCCUCCUGCUCACCCUACUGAUCGUCACUUUCUUUCAGAUGAUUUCCGUAUCACAUCCGAGGCCAUAAACGCGCUCGUUGACUCCUCUCCCCUCACGCUCUUCCCGCUCAUCGGCCACUUUGGCCAAGACAGCCGUUUCACCUUCAAGCCAGCAUGGAGCCUCGAGAGCGCCCCGAUGAUGCUGCUGCUGUCGCUGAGCCUCAACGUGGAGCUGCGGGCGGGAGAAGAAGUCUUCCUCUACCUCAACGGCUUCCAGCGGACGAUGAAGUUCUGCGACACCAACGUCGUCGGGUAUCAGCACAUCUGUGAAAGUUUGGAGCCAGCCACGUGUCUUGACAUCUACAACAUAAGCUGCAACUCGAGCUCCUUCUCCCUCAUGAACAACGCGUACACUUCCCUUGCCACAUGGGAUGCGGAAAAUCUCAAAUUGUCGUUUCUGCUGGACGUCAACGUCAGCGCCAACCAUUUCAUCGACAUUUUUGUCCCCGCUAGCGCAGGAUUCUUGUUGCAACGAGGUGGAACGAAAUUGUUCUCCUCCUCACUUACAUGGCCAACCUCUAUAGUCAACCAACAAGCGCAAAUCCUUCUUGGCACCAACGCGCGAGCCGGUCGAGUGAUCGGAGAGGACGUCUAUCACGGCCUCCUAGGCAUCAACAUGUGCGGAGUUACAUGCGGCGGUCUGCUCGUCGACAAGAUCGCAGGAGCCGCGCCAGCAGGACACGAUCCCAACCUCGCUGGCAAGACGUCUCCUGCCAUCCCUCCCACAUGUUCGAUCGACGAGUAUGUUCAAGGAAGCUGCAAGUGUCUCGGGUAG